UUACAGAAAACUCCCGAGCAUAAAAUAUAUUCAGAUUCCUUCGUUCCCCCAACCACAAGAAGUGAAAGUGACGAUAAAGAAACUGACAGUGAUGACUUUAGCCCGGAUAAGCGAAACCCUAAGAAUUUUACGUUCGAUGAAUUUGUAGAUGGGAACGAUGAAUAUGUGGAUGAUGAUCAAGAGAGUCUUUUUCUAGAUGAUGAUCAAGAGUUUUUUUUGGAUGAUUCGGUUGCGCUUGAUGAAAAUGAUGAUGGCAAUCCCUAUAUGUUUCAAGAUAAGAAUAUAUCUGCGCUAUUCACAUCAUAUCGUUUAAAUGCACAGCAAAUGGCACGGGAAUCGGGUUUAUCUAUCGAGACAAAUUACCAUGAGAUAUUGAGCUUAUCUCAUAUUUUAUUAUUACAAGCUGAUAACUUCUCGGAUCUGCAGAUUGAACAAUUUUCCGGUGAUACUCUAGUAGAUUUUCGUAAACAUAUGCGCAAUACAUAUAUAAUUAAAAACAAAGUCACACAAAGCGUAAAGGCGAUAUUUCGAGAAUGCAUUGAGAUUGCACUUGAUGAAGAUCUCGGGCCGAAAGAAGCAGAAAAAACUUUAGAACAAUUAUUCACAAAGUCUUUUGAUGAUCCCAUUGACCAGAAAAAGUUCGAAAGGAUGCGGUUUGUCUUUUUACAGCU